UAGAAUUCGGGCCAGAACUACUUAUAGGAACUUAACACGUUUAAUAUUGAAGGCAGACAUAAAGGGUACUAGUAUUUAGCAUUGUGGAGCAGGUGUUAAAGCCACUUUAAUUUUUUUUUGGGAUAAAUUAAUUUGUAAAAACUUGUGUAUUAAAGUCUUCCUUUAUUCUGUCGACGGACACCUUUUUAAACUGAGAGUGGAAGGCUGUUUCAGCGAUGGUACAUGUAUCUACAUAAGGUGCUAAACUCUGAUCAGAAGAUGAAGGAAGAAUACUCUACGCAUCAACGAUUGCUUUGAUUUCGCCUCUUACCGAAAUUUAUUUACCCACCCCAGUUUAUUAGUUAUUCAUACUGAAAAUGGCGAGAUUUUCAUCAAAUCUAGUCGCUCAAAGUUUGAUGUAAUGUGAAUCCUGUAGUAUUAUGAGUUGUUUUGAUGGUUAAUGAAUGAAAUUUUGAGAAUUGAAUUUUGCCACUUAUUAUGUCCAAAUUUAAGGAUGUUCGUAGGCCUACUCUAGCUGUAAUUGAGGAGAAUUCGCUCCCGGAAAAUUUUGAUAUAGUGGACACAGAUACCGAAAAUACCAAUACACAUCUGGAUGAAAAUGACAAUGUCUGUUCACAUUUGAAUUUACUGAAAGAAAAGACAGCCAAACUGAAUUUAAGCACUCGUAGACCAAGUUACGUAACGUGGAGGAACGAAUGUAUAGAAGACUCCGGUCGAGGGAUUAAGGCGAAAUUACCCAAUGUCAGGGGAGACGACUCUGUGAAUGGAAAUGAAUUAACUCUUGAUAAACGAAUAGACAAUAUUGAUGGUGCUUUAGUCUGGAUUAAACAGGAACUUCAAGCAAUGCGUACGCAGGACCAAGAUAUAGCCCGGAAGUUGCUGUCAUUGCGUCACGAAAUGAACGCGCUGAAGCUUCAGUGGAGUUGUGACGACCACAAAGAGAUGUUGGAAGAGGCUCAGUGUGACCUUGAGGAAAUGCACGAGCUUCAGGAUAUAUGUGACACCCCCCUAGACAGUAUACAGCCCGACCCACUCAAACAAAUCGGCGUAACUAAAAUGAACCUCAAUACAAGGAGAUUUUCCAUUCUAUGAUUGUGUUCUUUUAUCUGUAGUACUGUGGUUUCAUCAAUUUUCGGUGGCAUCAAUUUUCGUGUAUUUUGUAAAACAGACGUUUUCGAUGAUACGUAUUUUCGUGGACAAAAACAAUGCCUAUACAAAUGAAUAACAUAUUUCUUAAGUUGAUGAACAUUUAAUUUCGACGAUCUGCUUAACAACGAAAUCCUCGAAAAUUGGUGCUCAACGAAUAUUGAUGAAACCACAGUAUGUUUUCAUUCUGUCUAGAAAAUAUAAAUAUAAUACUGUGUUUUUCUAUUUAUUUUGUUAAUGUGACAUUCAAAACUACAGAUCAGUAUAUAUAAUAAAUAAUGCAUGUACUUUGGUAAUUUUGAUUCCUGGUGAAUGGUCAAAACAUUGGUAUUUUCACAAUCUGGAAUUUUUUGCCAGUUCAGAAGAAAUAUAGUGAAAUAUGGAGAUAACGAAUAGUAUUCAAGCUCAAAGUCCAUAAAAGCAAUACAAAUUUAAUCUGGAGCAGAGCAAACACGGACCUCCAAAAAACAUCAGAAGUGGGAUCAGGUGCCAUGGAGGAGUGAGCAUCUCCGACCGGUCACAUCCUCCGUGUGCUUCUUGUCAUGAUCGGUAAAUAACGGGAAAAUCCGUCGACAAUUCAGUGUGUAAAUAAUUGUCUAACCUUUAGUAUAAAAACGUCAGUCAGCAUAUGACUUAAUGAUAGAUUGAAUUUCCUGACAAGGUCAUUGUAUCGACCAUAGAACCUACGACAUGAUGACUUUUACAAAAAUUGUUGAUACCGGUAUUCUUGUUUCAUCGACUUGUUUGUCAAUAACUUACCUCGUUUUAGAAAUUGUUGUACAAGUGCCGUACAAAGAGAUGAAAAAUUUACCGCCACCAGAAAACUGUUUUGUAUAAUGAAUAUCAUAAUGGUAUCAUGCAUGAAAUUAGAUGUAUGUUCGAAAUUGCUUUGAUAAAUUCGUAUAAACUUA